AGACGCUUACAGCCUUUUCGGCAAAAGUUGCCAGCGAGUCACCAUCACGACAAGAGCGACACUGCGAACUUGCUGCGAACCUUGAAAGCGGCUGCGUCUUCAGGCGCUGUACUUGUUAAAAAAAGGAACAGUCCCUUUCCUUUGCAACACCCAUGUCUCCCGAGUUACCCCCUGAAAUAUUAUGCACCAUCGUCGACGUCGUCAGCUCCGAUUUCAACACACUUUCUGCCCUUUCCCUCGUAUGCAAGACAUGGCUGCCCCCCAGCCGUCGUGUGCUAUUCAAAAGUUUGGUCGUCACCCCAGAAACAAUGCAAGGGUUCCUGAAGCUCUUUCAGUCGCCACUGGUGUCUAUUCCUUAUUUCGCACAAGAGCUGAAGAUAGGCAGGUACAAGAUGGGCGAUAUACGCUAUAUCGAUAGCUGUAUCUUGGAAAUCCUGGCCCCAGCCAUCGAGAAGCUGGAGAGGUUAACGCUCCUCAGAUUCGAGCACCUUUUAUGGGAAACCCCGGAGACCCUGAGCUUGCUGAAGCUCUUUAGGCGUGUCACGUCGCUCUGGUUGGAGAACAAUAACUUCGCAGACAUACAACACUUGGCAAACUUCACGUCAUCUUUCCCUCAUUUGCAGGAUUUGACGCUUAUCUACACGGUAUUACCUCCGAAGAGUACCGGUGACGAUCUCAACGGUGCGGGUGUUCCGCGAGGUCUUCGACGACUCUGCAUCGUCGGUCCAAAACUCGUUAACAGCAUCAUAGCCUGGGUUGCUGCAUCGCCUUCUCCCAUCUCACUGCGCCGUCUAGAAUUGGGAGGGAUUGGAUUCCGAGUUACUCCCCAUGUGCGCACCUUGCUCAAAGGAGCAGGUCCCCACCUUCGCGAGCUAUUCCUUCGUCCCACGUCCCGUCCAUUUUUUCCAGGCUGGAGUCCAGAUAUUUCGCAGCAUCUCGAUCUUAGCGAUAAUACGGAGCUUCGUAUCCUUAGACUGACAGGUGCAAUUCAACCACCUUUAUGUGACGCUAUCAUUGGCGUCCUCUCGACCGUUAAUAGUACUUCGGUCGAGGAAAUUGUCGUGCCCCUCCUCAUACCAUUCACAAAGGAAUGGCAAGAACGGCUCGAAGACAUACGUGCCAAGUCCAUGUUUGCCGAUGUGAAGAAGUUCAGCCAUCGCUCUACGUCUGGCGUCCGUGAUAUAAUGCCACCGACAUCCGCUUGACACGAGAUGGAAUGGAAGGGAUUUGUGGCGUAGUCAAAGAAUGGCCCUUAUCGAUAAGGAGCAAAGGAAGAGUAACCUACACCAACCAUAAUACUUUGUUUCAUUUAUGAAUAUUGAAGAGACAUCGCUGAGUCAUACGUCGGGA